GCAUGAAAAGCGGCACAUCUGAGAAGCUCUGCACAGCUGCACCAUUGAACACACCUGACAGUGUGUUUUCAGAGACGCACACACUCACACACAUGCACACAUAAACACAAACAGACACACAGACACACACCACCUCUGAAACCAGGACACACGUCGCCGCUAUCAGCAUGGAGAAGUUUGCCGGAUCCUGGAAGUGUGUGGAGAGUGAAAACUUCGAUGAGUUCCUCAAAGCAGUCGGUGUUGGGUUCGCGAUCCGACAGGUGGUGAGCAGGCUAAAGCCCACGCUGACCAUCACUCUUGGAGGAGAUGGAACCGUGAACAUCAAGCUUCCACAGAGCGACAUGACGUUCAAGCUAGGAGAGGAGUUCGAACACACAUCAGCUGACAAGAGGACGACUAAGAAUGUGAUCACCCUGAAUAAUGGCAAACUGCACCAUAGUCAGAAGUGGGAGGACAAAGAGAUCAUCGUUGAAAGAGAGGUGACAGGAGACAGACUAGUAACGACGAUGAAGACUUGGACAGGUGUGGAAGCAGUGAGAACAUUUGUGAAGGAGUCCUGAGGAAGUGUGAGGAAGAGAGAAGACCUCCAUGGAUCCCUGGCAAUGCACUGUGAUACGUAUAAAGAUGUGUGUUUGUUUUGUUAUCAGGGUAUAAAUCCUGCCUAACCAAUUUGAGUUGUUUUUUUCUGAUUUUCUGAGUCUUGGAGCGCUUUAUCAGUACAAGCUAUUGUUUGGUCCUUUACAAACACACACAGUAUGUGGACAUCAGAGUAGACCUCUGUGCAUCAGACUAUAUGCAGUCACUACACUGUGACAUGCAUUCAUGUGAUUGUUUGUUGUGUGCUGUGAGCAUAUACUAUAUCAGCCACUAAAACUGAAGAAUAAAAUACAUGC